GCAGAAUAUCACAGUCAACAUGGUAGUGUGUAGAAGGCGAAUGCAAUUCCUGUCCGAGUAUCUGAGGAUCGUCUUCAUGCAAGCGUCAUGUUGUCAUAUCAACGGCGCGUCUUUUCGAUUCAUAUUAUGUGUUCCCGUCGACCGAGAGAAUGACAACCAGCGUCAAGGGGAUUCUUCGUGGCGCCGGCAUUUGGCGCUGAAGUGCUGAAGCCACCAGUGCGUGGACCCUCGUGGACCUCACGCGCACUAUGGAGAAACUCGCGCCUCAUCCAUCGCGCCUCAUGGGUUAUCAUAGGCUUGUCACGAGUUUACCUAUGCUCCGCAACGCAUUUGCGUCCAUCAC